UGAGCUGGUGGUUUCCCACCGACUUUCUUUCCAUCGUGCACAGGCAGGCGCGGGGUGAAAGGUCACAAAAUGGCGCUGGCUGCUCGUCUCUUACCCCGCUUGGUUUUCUCUGGGCCUCUGCCCGGCGGAGCCGCCAGACCCCGGGCUCCCGAUGCAGCCGAAGUGAGGCCGCACUUGGCUGGACUUUGCUGCUUCUGUCGCCGCCACCUCGGCUCCAGAACGGCCCCAUUUCCUCGAGUCACUUGGGCCUCGGCGGCCUCGGUGCUGCCUGCUCCGGGCCUCCGGCGUCCCCUGCUGAGCCCUCCGGGACUCUCCGCAGCCCUCCCCGCUUUCCCCGUCUGCGCGCCGCGCCGCUACAGCACCGAGGAGCAGCCCCAGCAGCGCCAGAAAACCAAGAUGCUCAUCCUGGGCUUCUCCAACCCCAUCAACUGGGUUCGGACUCGAAUUUACGCCUUCCUUAUCUGGGCCUAUUUCGACAAAGAGUUCAGCAUCAAAGAAUUCUCAGAAGGAGCGAAGCAGGCCUUUGCUCAUGUGUCCAAGUUGCUGUCACAGUGUAAAUUUGAUCUGUUGGAAGAACUUGUGGCCAAAGAGCUGCUGAAUGUAUUGAAAGAAAAGGUUACUUCACUACCUGACAGCCAUAAAAAUGCCCUUGCUGCUGACUUAGAUGAAAUUGUAUACACCUCAACAGGGGACAUCUCUAUUUACUACGAUGACAAAGGAAGGAAGUUUGUUAACAUCCUGAUGUGCUUUUGGUAUCUAACCAGUGCCAACAUCCCCAGUGAAACUUUAAGUGGAGCCGGUGUGUUCCAGGUUAAGUUGGGGGAUCAGAACGUGGAAACUAAACAACUUCUUAGUGCAAGCUAUGAAUUUCAGAGGGAGUUUACACAAGGAGUAAAGCCUGACUGGACCAUUGCACGGAUUGAUCACUCAAAGUUACUAGAAUAAUCUUUCUUGGAAAGAAAUCAGCUAGUUUGGACUUUUAGCAGUUGCUGUGAAAAAACUAAGGAAGAAAAUUUGGAUCAGUUUAUUUUCACUUAAUCAAAUCUGUAGAUUACUUUUAUAUUAUUCUGAAAUACUCCUUGUAGUAUAUUGAUGUGAUAUAAUGAUGUUGUCACCUUCUGUAGAAGAGGUCAAAAUAAACUACAA